AUGACGGACUUCCCUGGGUCUCAUGAUCAGACCCUGUUCUCAUCUUCAUCUUCCCGCAACUCCAACAGCAGUGAGGAUGCAAGACGUGGUCUUCUCUCAUGGGUUGAGGCAGAGUCGUUACGGCACUUAUCUGCUAAGUACUGCUCUUUAUUGCCUCCCCCACGGUCUACUAUCGCUGCAGCAUUUAGUUCAGAUGGAAAAGUGCUUGCAUCAACACAUGGUGACCACACUGUAAAGGUAAUUGAUUGUGAAACUGGGAGGUGCUUGAAGGUGUUAACAGGUCAUAGGAGGACGCCUUGGGUGGUUAGGUUCCAUCCACUACACUCACAAAUACUAGCUAGUGGGAGCUUGGAUCAAGAAGUUUGCUUAUGGGAUGUUGACACGUCAAAGUGCCUAUUUUUUUACCGUUUCUAUCGCCCCAUUGCAUCUGUUGCUUUCCAUGCAAAUGGGGAAAUACUUGCUGUCGCAUCAGGCCAUAAGUUGUACAUGUGGCCCUACGACAAGAGAGGUGAAGCUUCCUCACCAACAUUGGUGUUGAAGACAAGGCGUUCACUUCGGGCUGUUCAUUUCCACCCGCAUGCUGCACCAUAUCUUUUAACUGCUGAGGUCAAUGAUAUUGACUCUUCAGAUUCCAUCAUGACAAAAGCAACGUCCCUUGGUUAUUUACAAUAUCCUCCACCCGCUGUUUUUGUAACAAAUGUUCAUUCUAGGGAACAUGUUAAUUUCUCCAGUGAACCACCCUUCAUGUCACCUUUCUUCUUCAUGCCUUCAUAUUCUAUGGGCGACUCAAGAUUGGAACUACAGCGGGAUAAUCAAGCAGACACAAAUUUAACAGAGCAAAAUGAUGUUACAGUGUCUCCCAUGGAUAUAUGCUCUGAAAUUCCAUCUGGCUCUCAAACUAAUACAGAGUAUGCUGCCCAUGAUACUUUCUCUAAUAGAAUGAGAACUGGCAUCACUAACCUGAAAAUGGAUGGCAUGGCUAUUGAUGAAACAGAACCAUCUGAAGGAUCAAAACAUGGAUCCUCAACUAAGGUCCAUUCUUUUAGUGGUAGACAGCAUGGACUAACUAGACAAGCUGGAAAUCAAGAGGUUCUUUCAGAAUUAAGUCAAUUUCUCCGGUUUGUCCCUUCAAGAGACUCCUGUGGGUGGGAGCUACCAUUUCUUCAAGGAUUGUUAAUGGGGCAAAGCCUAGUUGGCGUUCCCUCUAUGCUUUCUCACAUGGGUGGUAGUUGUGACAGUCUAGCUCAACAAAUUGGUUCUUCCAUUCUGCCAUCUAAUCUGUCCACUAAUAAAGUUGAGGAAGCAAAACGAGACAGCAUCACCAUACCUGGAGCUUCUGUGAGAUCAGGUUUACAGAAUGAUUUCCCACAUUCCCAUGUACCAGAAUCUGAAUAUGGGAAUUAUGUUGCUUCAGUUAAUAAGCUGCAGGAUAGGAUUGAUAUCCAAACCAUUGCAAGUCGGAUCCAGUCUGAACUUGCUACGUCAAUGGCAGCUGCUGCUUCUGCAGAGUUGCCUUGCACUGUGAAGCUAAGAAUUUGGUCAUAUGAUAUACAAAAUCCUUGUGCCUCCCUUAGUGAUGAUAGUCACUGUCUAACCGUACCACAUGCAGUCCUCUGCAGUGAAAUGGGGGCCCAUUUCUCACCGUGUGGUAGGUUUUUAGCUGCUUGUGUUGCUUGUAUGGCUCCUCAUACUGAAGCUGAUUCAGGUUUACAAGCACUAGCACACCAGGAACAUGGAGCUGCAACAUCACCAACUCGACAUCCAAUCUCAGCACACCAAGUCAUGUAUGAGCUUCGGAUAUAUUCCCUGGAGAAGGCAACAUUUGGAUCAGUACUUGCAUCUCGAGCAAUUAGAGCAGCACAUUGUCUGACUUCUAUUCAGUUCUCGCCCACAUCUGAGCACAUACUGCUUGCAUAUGGUCGACGCCAUGCCUCUCUUCUUAAAUGCAUUGUCAUUGACGGGGAAACAACCUUGCCAAUUUAUACAGUGUUGGAGGUGUAUAGAGUAUUGGACAUGGAACUUGUUAGUGUUCUUCCUAGUGCAGAGGAUGAGGUCAAUGUUGCCUGCUUUCAUCCUUCUGCUGGCGGUGGGCUUGUUUAUGGAACAAAGGAAGGAAAGCUUAGGGUGCUCCAGCGUGAUGGUGCUCUUGCUGUGAAUGGCACAUGUUAAAUGUCUUCUGUAGAGAGCAAAGUUGGACUCAAUCAAUGAAGAAGGUUUGGACAGAUAAUGGGAGUUUAUACUUCAGUAAUUCAGCAUCACCAUUCCUUACUGCUAAGAUGCUGACAGCUUGUCACCGCUGAUGAUCAUCUACACUAACCUAACUCCGUAUCCGAUGCUGAGCACAGGGAAUAGAAUGCUAGAGCUUCACUCCAGUACCAGCAGAUGUAUAUUACAUGUUUUUGCAUGUUUGUAUAUUUAUGUGGCCCGUGCUAACUUGUUUGUAUUCCCUCUUUUCUCCAACCAAAAGGCUUCUCUCUUUUCUCU